GCCGCGGUGUGCAAGGACGAGGGCUACGUGGACCUGGACCUGGACGCGGCGGAGGUCACGAGGAUCCAGGGCUUGGUGGCGUGGGGCCCGACGCCGCCUCCGGUGGCGGAGGCCUCGGCCUCCACGCCGCAGCGCUGGUCUACCAGGGCGUGGCGGAGGUGGGCGGGCAGGCGGUGGACCUCGUGGUCACCACCAACGGGUCCUACAGCGCCGCGAGGCCCGAGAGGAACGGCAAGGGCAGCGCCACCGGGCGCGUCAACAUCAACGCCACCGGCCCGGUGCCCCUGAGGCUCCGCUUCGUGAGGUCGGGCAGCGACCGCCCCGUCGUGCUGGAGAAGCUGUUCCUCACGCUCUUCGCCAUCGCCGCGCCCGCGGCGGGGGGGCGCGGCGGCCCCGACGCGGGGGCCGCCGGCCUGGAGGUGUCCGUCGGGGGCGUCGCCGAGUACUUCACCACGGCCCUCACCUCCGUCGCGGCGCGUGAGGAGGGCGGCUGCUCGUACACCUUCGGCAGCAUCCGCGGCCCGGCGGCGGAGGCCCCCACCACGACCCCGCAGGCCGCAGGGGACGGCCAGGACGAGGGCGGCGGGGCGUCCGUCGAGGGCCUGUGGCUGGACGUGCUGAACCGCAGCCUGGCGCUGGCCUUCCGCGGCGUCUCCGAGGUCGAGCUGCUCGUCCGCGCGCCGCCGGCGCCGCGGGGCGUGGAGCUGGAGUUCGCGGGCUGGUCGGAGGUGGUGCAGGUCGGGAGCAGGGCGGCCUGCCGCCCGGCGGGGCUCGACGCCAAGUUCGCGCGGGGGCCACAGCGGGGGGACCCCGGGGAGCCCGUCGGGGAGGGCUCUCUCUGGGCGGCUGCGCGGCUGCGAUCCCUGAGCCUCGCCGCCGCCGCGUCGGCGGCGGGGGGGCUCGUGGCGCUGGCGGCGGCCUGGCGACACUGGCGGAGGCCCAGCGGGCGGGCGGCGGGCUCCCCGCACGGCGAGUACGGCAAGCUGGCGCUCGCGCUCUGA